UCCCUCAGGUGAAUCUGGACUUUGCACCAGGUUUUACUAAGGAAGUUUGAGAUACCUUUCUCUUAUUGUAUGUAUUGAUCGGUAAUGGUGGUGGAUUAACUAAGGUUUGAGAAUGAAGCUCUGAGGAAGAAGACUGGGUCUCAGGGUGGCAUCUCUUUUGCUAUUACAAGUAGGUGUGUGACUUCAGAGGAGAGAAAUGUACGGGAACAUCAGCGGCUCAGAUUACCAGCCGAGGCUGGAUAUGUCUCGGCCCAGUGCGAAAUCCAUCUAUAUGCAGAGGAAAGAAUAUUCAGAAUCUGUGAACAAGCAACCAGAUGCCUUUCAGUACAGAGUGGAGCACCUGUUCACAUCCGAGUUGGACAACAGGGAGCUGAGCAGCAUCGACGACUGUGUGGCCAAGCUGAAGAGUCUGGAGAGUCGAGGGAAGGUGUGGGGUCAGGACAUGAUCCUGCAGGUGCAGGGCACCGGUCUGCAGCUUUGUGACAUUGAAUCCAAGGAAGUGCUGGAAUCGAUCCCUCUUGGCAGCAUCUCUCAAACGAAGUCGAUCCUGGACAGCUGCACUUACGACUCCCUUCUGGCCGUCACUGUUCAGGGAAACAGGCGGGGACCUCCCAAAAUUUUCUUCUUCCAGUGUGAGGAAACUGGGGCAGAGGAGGUGAGGGGUGAUUUGGACAGAGCUAUCCUGCACAGUGAUGAUCCAGGAUUUCAGCCAAAUGAGCCUAUGAUGGAUAUCAGGACUAAUCUGGAGAAUAUAAUAGGCCAAGGCUAUUCGAUGGGUUUUCGUAGACCUGGUCUGUCCCCAAUGCAGCCUGCACCUGCGUCCCCUCCUCCUGCACCUGAGUUCCCUCCUCCUCAACUCAAUACUUACCAGGAGUAUGGUAAAGAGUAUGGUAAAGAUUAUGAGGAUCCUGUGUUUGUGAAUAGGGACGACGCCCGUUACAGUCCAGAGAUGUUUGAGCCACCAAUCCGCUCAGCACAGCCGUCUCCACCUCCUCCUCCUCUGGGUCCUCAGUACACAGACAUUGACAGAAGUCUAUUUUCUUUUGUCCAGGAAAUCUUUAAUCAUGUAAUAGAUGAUAUUGAGAUAUUCAAGGAUAAAGUUGGAGCAGCUUUAGAACAAGAAACAGCAAGGAAGAAAAAGAAAAAGAAAGACAAAACCCCAAGGAGAUACGGUGAGAACUUCCCCUCCAUACAAGAAUACAUUAGCUGCCUUCAGAAAUUCAAAUAUGCCUUCAAUAUUCUGGCAAAUGUCAGCGACCACCUCAGAAAUCCUGAAGCUCCUGAAUUCGUCCACUGUCUCUUCAUUUCACUUUCCUAUCUGGUGACGAAAUUUCCUCCAGACGUUCCAGGAUCAAUCCUGAGCCCUUUCCUCACAGAGGCAGCUCUGCAGCUCCUCACUCAGAUCGUCACACCAGAGGAGGACAGGCUGUGGAGCAGUUUUGGAGACACCUGGCAUGUUCCCAGAUCUAAGUGGCCAAAUGGGGACAAGAUGGCACCUUAUGUUCCAGUAUUUUAUGAUGGCUGGGAGCCUCCAAUGCCAGUUCCUCCACAAUACACACCACCGGUAAACCGGCCGCCAUCACGGAGCGGCAGCCAGCGCUUCCCAGAGAGACGCAGCCCUCAGCCACCACCUCCUCAGGAUAACCGGCCUUUUGGAGCCCCUCCAGCACGCUCAGACGGGCCGCCGCUCUACAUGCGAGUGAUGUAUGACUUCACAGCCAGGAACCGGCAGGAGCUGAGCGUGCUCAAAGGUGAAGUGGUGCAGGUUGUAGACAAGUCCAGGCAAUGGUGGAUAGUGCGGAACAACCGCCAGGAGGAGGGGCAUGUGCCUCAAAAUGUUCUGGAACCCAUGAGCGGGGAGGAGCCUGCUAGAACGAACAGACCUCCAAAUCUAGACACGAGGUCCAGUCCAGAGGAGGUCAGGAACUGGCUUCAGUACAAGGGCUUUUCCAAAGCGACGGUGCGUAACCUGGGCAUGAUGAACGGAGCGCUGCUUUUGGGGAUGAAGCGUGAUGAUAUGCGAGCUGUGUGCCCAGAAGAAGGAGGCAGAGUUUUCUUCCAGCUGCAGGCCGUCAAAUCAGCCAUGGCACUUGCCAGUGAGGCGGAGUAUAACCAGUACGGAAGCCGUUAAAUAUUUUGUGACUUGAGGAAAGAAGGACGUGAUUUCACGGAAGAAAACUGCAGUCAUUACAUUAUCCAAAGCGCUAGUAUUAUAAUCUAAUUUUUUUUUUAUCAAAUUGCCAAAUGAAAAAUUUACACAAAUGACGUCAUUAUGAGAUCAGUGCUUAAAUGAAGUAAAUGUUUUCAGAUUCAGAUUUUCAUAUAUAUGAUGCUACACCAAUUUUAAUCUGUAUUUUACUUAAUUCUAUUUAUUAUCAUAGUUUCACAGAACUAAAUCAUAUUUAAGUAUAACAGUAUAGAUCUACAUUAUUUUAUGAUGAUAUGCAUUAAAAAAGAAACACUAAAGACUUAAAUUUGGGCUUAUGUGAUUAAAGACAUUCCUCAUGUUCUGUUCAGUAUUUAUAGCUACAUAUUUAUAGGUUUCAUUAUCCAAUCAAGUCCAUCUGCAAUAACCUACAUAAUUAAUCCAGAAAUGUGAAAUAAACUGAUUAGAGCUUUAA